CGUAGAUGCGCCGUUCUCCCAUCCUGUCCUCCGUGAUUGAUAGCGGACCAUCAGGCUCCAAAUCCUCUAUCUUAUCAGGAACCUACGUGCUUUCCCAAGAACCCGGCAAAGAACGACCUACUUUCCACUCCGUUAACGGUGCUCUUUCUUCGCUUCCACGACCAGACUUGCUGGUCCUGUCCACGAGCUCUGGCCCAGCAAGCCCUAUGACAAACAGUCUCACCGUGUCACCAUACCCUGCACACCCUGGCGCUGCCAUCAGGGCGCACUUCGUAGUGGAUACCGAACCGAGCGAACCCGGAUGGCAUCCAUGGAUUGGAGGUUUGUGGAGCAAAUGGGUUCGAGGGACUAUUCUCGGAUAUCGAGACUUCGCUGGUCGAGAAGCCAAGGUGCGUCAUUACCACCUCGAGGGGGCUGUCUCUGUGCCCAAGUACUUGUGUUGGCAGCCGGGCACGUACGAUGCACUGUCACAUUUAUCAUUUGAGCCUUUGCCUUCUCCUGGAUCGAGUGGAGGUCCCAUCGUUGACGAGGAGUCGGGUGCUGUCGUUGGAAUUGUACUGGGCUCGAGGAUGGACAAUCGUGUCGAAGGUAUGCGGGGUUGGGGCGUCCCGGCGGAGAUGAUAUAUGAGGUGCGUCCUGAUCUUGUCCUCCGAUUUAUGUUGUAACCGAGCUUCUGUACAUAAGAUGUUUUCCUUGCCAGGCUUGAAGCUUAAGAAUGGUCCCUAGCACUACCGCAGGGUAGAGUAGCGGGUGCAUGGACUUCACACAACAGACAGCUCCUGAAGACCUCCUAGCCCGACUAUUAGAGCAUGAAAUUUACACCUUGUACGCGCGGCGCAAGUCGGACACAACGCUACGCCGUCCUUCGGUAUGACAUCAUUGUCACACGAUUCACAUUUUCGAGGUCUUUGCAAGGAUAUUGAGCUCCAAUAUACGUCGGAAUUGAUUCGCAUAUGCCAGCGGCCCGCGGGCUUGGUCAAGCGAGGACCCACCGAGCGCUGUGACUGGGUGGACCAGGGCUUUCAUCAGUACUUCUCGACAAUGGAAUAGUCAGAUGACGCCUGGCAGGUGGUCAGAAAGGUGCGUCUUCAUUACCCUUA